AUGGCCUGGACCCCUCUGCUCCUGGCGCUCCUCUCUCACUGCACAGGGUCCCUCUCCCAGCCUGUGCUGACCCAGCCGCCCUCCCUCUCUGCAUCUCCUGGAGCCACAGUCAGACUCACCUGCACACUGAGCAGCAACUACAAUGUUGGCAGCUACGGGAUAUCCUGGUACCAGCAGAAGCCAGGGAGCCCUCCCCGGUAUCUCCUGUACUACUACUCAAGUACAAGUUUGGGAUCUGGGGUCCCCAGCCGCUUCUCUGGAUCCAAAGACGCCUCGGCCAAUGCGGGGCUCCUGACUAUCUCGGGGCUGCAGCCUGAAGACGAGGCUGACUAUUACUGCAAUGCAGAUAUUGGCGGUUCAAGUAGCUACUAUUACCCACAGUGUCUCAGAGGACGAGGAAGUGAGACCAAAACCCUGGCCCCGAGGCGGGGGCCCUGA